AUGGUGGCCAGAAGCCAGAGUUAUUCGGUCUGUCGGAAUUGGAUUAUUAAUCUGGUUACACAAAUGGUCACACUCAAAAACUAUCUCCGACCUCAUGUUCCAAUCACAAAUCUUUUUUGGAAUGAUUUUUGGGGAACGCCUAUGCAAAAGGAGAAUAGUCACAAGUCCUACCGACCUUUGUGUGUACUCACAUUCCGAAUGAAUUACUUGCUGGGCUCAAUGGACCCAAUCUCCUACCAUGUUGUCAAUCUGCUGCUUCAUGCUUCUGUCUGUGUGUCUUUUAUGAGGGUUUGCUGUUUAUUUGUGAAUCAAUUCACUGCCUUCAUUGCUGCUCUCCUUUUCUCUUUGCAUCCGAUUCACACAGAAGCUGUUACUGGGGUUGUUGGCCGUGCUGAAACUCUAUCUUCAUUGUUUUAUUUAGCAGCUCUCUUGAAUUAUUCCAAAGCCACAGCCUAUCACUCAGCAACAAAUUGGCUGUCCUUGUUGCUCACCGUCAUGCUGGUGGCUGUGGCUAUGUUAUGUAAGGAACAAGGAAUUACUGUUAUUGGUGUCUGCUGUGUCUAUGAAGUCUUUAUUGCACAACGGAUGACACUUAAAGAAAUUUAUGAUAUUGUUUAUAAGUUCCUGCAGGGCAAAUCCUUGCCUCCUCCUUGGCUCUGGAGUGCCAUUUUAAGGUCUUUGUUUUUAGUCAGCAGCACUCUCUUCUUGUUACUAGCUAGAAUUAAAGUCAUGGGAGCUGAAUUGCCAGUGUUCACCAAAUUUGACAAUCCUGCAUCUGUUGCUGGUACACCAACUCGUCAGCUGACAUUCAAUUACCUUUUGCCUGUCAACCAAUGGCUGUUGUUUUUCCCUUCAUCCCUCUGCUGUGAUUGGACAAUGGGGACAAUACCCCUGAUUCAGUCUUUCUUGGAUUAUAGAAACUUGUUUACCCUCAUCUUCUACAUUGUCCUCUUCAGAUUUAUUGUGUUUGGUCUCCUGGAACCAGGACCUCGUGGAAGGGCUGUCAUCAUGGGUUUGACUCUACUUAUUCUGCCUUUCAUCCCAGCUUCCAAUCUUUUCUUUCCUGUUGGCUUUGUUGUAGCGGAGAGAAUUCUUUAUGCUCCGAGUAUGGGAUUCUGCAUGCUUGUUGCUCUCGGCUUUCAGCUGUUGCUUGACCACAAAAAGAAAUUGAAGAUUCUUCUUUGGUUCUUCCUGGGAUGCCUAAUAACGUUCCAUGGCUUAAAGACCAUAAUUCGAAAUUUUGAUUGGGAAUCUGAAUACACUCUAUUCCAGUCGGCUUUGAAAGUUAAUCAACAAAAUGCCAAACUGUUCAAUAAUGUUGGCCAUGCCUUGGAAAAGAAAUCCCAGUGGAAAGAAGCUUUGGAAUAUUUCAAGGCUGCUGCCAAAGUUCAACCGGAUGACAUUGGCGCUCACAUCAAUGUUGGUAGAACUUAUAAUCGUUUGAAUAUGUCAGUUGAGGCUGAAGCUGCUUUCCGUGAUGCCAUUGCUUUAUUUCCACCAAUCAUUCCAGGAAAGACUUACACUGCUAGAGUUGCUCCCAGUCAUCUGAAUGCCUUUUUGAAUCUGGCUUCCCUCAUUGCAAAAAAUGAGUCACGUCUUAAAGAAGCUGAAAUGUUGUAUCAAACUGCUGUCACAAUGAGAGUGGAUUACGUGAAGGCCUACAUGAGCAGGGGAGAAAUUUUAGUCCGUUUAGGAAGGCUCCAAGAAGCUGAAGAACAGUAUCAGAUUGCCCUCAAAUAUGACCAGACAGAUGCUGACAUUUAUUACAAUCUGGGUGUAGUGAGCCUAGAAAGGAAAAAACUUUCUGAUGCCAAAAUCUAUUUUGAGCAAGCACUCCAACUCAACCCUGAUCAUCAACAAACUCUUUUUAAUUCUGCUGUAUUAAUGCAAGAAAUGGGUGACCCAAAAAAUCGGCCUGAAGCUAUGAGACGUCUACAGAAACUGCUACGUAUUCAUCCCAAUGAUGGCAAGGCCUAUUACUGCUUGGCUAUGUUGGCUGCUGACAAUAAAGAUUUUGAAAAUGCAAAAAAAUGGUUCAUCAGUGCAAUCAAGUAUGAAGACAACAUGCGCAGUGCACUAUUCAAUCUUGCUUUGAUGUUGGUUAACGACAUGAAUCAACCACUCGAAGCUGUUCCAUAUCUGGAGAAGUUACUCAAGUAUUAUCCCAACCACACAAAAGGUUUGAUUUUGAUGGGAGAUAUUAAUGUGAAUACAUUAAAAGAUUUGGAUAAAGCUGAGAAAAAUUUUGAGACCAUUCUUCAGAAUGAACCAAAGAAUGUGCAAGCGCUACACAAUCUGUGUGUGGUGUAUGUGGAACGAGGUGACAUUCUUCGUGCUGAGGAGUGUUUGCAGCAUGCGCAUGAGUUGGCACCAGAGGAGGCAUACAUCCUGCAACACUUGAACAUUGUUCGUAAAAAGAUCCAGUCAGUCUUGCAAGCUCAAACACAAAAUCGGGGGGCGAGCAAAACUGUACCACCUCCUUCUCCGCAACAGUCCUCUUCUACAAGGCAUCUAUGA